GAGUGAGUGAGUGAGUGAGUGAGUGAGUGAGUUUUCUCGCUGACUGGACUGAUAUUAGACUUCAGAGGUUUCAGGGAACAGAUGCACAAAUGCACAAAGCGCCUUUUGGCACUGAGGUCAGAGGUUCAAGUUAAAAGACAAAGGUAGCAGGACCAGUAAGUGAGGAUGGAGAAGACUACAGCCGGCUGCAAAUUACAUGACAGCCGACUGGAGACAGGGCGGGUGAUAAACGAUUGUUUCUCAGUCUCUGAAAACAAUUUGCAAUGGGGUGAGGGAUUUUGCCAUGGACAGGACGAAGUGGAAUAAAGAGGACUUUAAUUCCCACUUUCUUUCAGGCUGCCUAUGACAGGUGUGCAUUUGUAUGUAGCAAGCAGGCUCAAACAGAGGAUCACCCAGUUCCAGGACCAGCGGCCAGAUGUGGUGUCUGGAACGGCUCCUGCGGAACCGAGACGGGUUUCUCCCCAGGCUAACCCACCGCACCAAAGCGCGCUCGUCCACUGCAUGCGUUAACGUGCUCACUCCUGACCGCAUCCCAGAGUUCUGCAUCCCACCGAGACUGGAGCCUAACACAGCUUGGGCUGCGCUGCGCGAUGCCUGGGCUGCAGACGCGGAGACGGACGACCAGGCUGGUAGCACCGACUGGGACCCGCGCUCACAGGCUGCCCUCUCGCUGUCACAUCUGCCCCGCGCACGCACCGCCUACGGCUUCUGCGCGCUGCUCGAGAGCCCGCACACGCGCCGAAAGGAGUCGCUCUUCCUCGGCCACCCAGACGCCCCGGUCCCCAGGCCCGGACUUAGCCACCGAGCGCACACCUACACAAGUCCGCGCCAAGUCCCGGACACUCCGCACCCCGCGCCGCAUAAGCCAGAUGCCGCCCGGGUCCUGGCACCCUCUCCUGCUCCCCGCAGACGCCGCCUCCUGCGCGCCCCAGAUAGACUGCUGAGGCUGGCGCUGCGGACACCUCGAGGUCGGACCGGCUCGCGCUCUCCGUCCUCCGGUGACAAGCUCGAACGCGCUGCCUCCUGCGCGCCCCCGGUCCCUGCGAGCCCACGCCCCGAGCGCCUGCAAGCCGAGGCCAGCGUGGCUCUGGGCCGCGGGGAUUGCACGCUGCGCCUGGCCGCCGAGUACUGUCCGCGCAGCGCGUGUCUCCGCCUCCGCCUGCUGCGCGCAGAGGGCCCGGCCGCCGCGCUCGAACCCCGCGCCCUGGGCUGCCGCCUCAGCCUGGUGCUGCGGCCGUCGGGCCAGCAGCGCGCCAGCGUUCUCCGGCGUAGCCGCAAGGCCGCCCUGGACCAGGACUGCUGCUUCGAUGGGCUCUCGGAGGAGCAGCUGCGCCGCCUGGCCGUGCGCAUCAAGGCUGAGAGCAAGGGCCGCGGGCUGGAGCGUGGACGACCGCUGGGCCAGGGCGAGCUGCUGCUGGGCUCGCUACUGCUGCUCUGAGUCCGGAUUUUGUGGGAGCAAGGACACUGAGGGUAUGCACCAUACUCUUGGACCUGGGACACUUGCAGACAGUCAU